GCACGGACCAUGCUUUGGCGUAUUUACUAUAUAUUAGUGCUUUUUCUUUGGACUUGAAAACAUAAAAUUUAAUUUAAAUGGGUUUUAUACGACUAUCAUGGCACUUAAAUAAAGAAGUCAUAUGCAAAAUCAUAUCUCGCAGAAAAACUACGUACGCAUUUCAUGAGGAAAAAUUUAAAGAUUUGGAGGUUAGGAGUGAAAAAACUAAGUUUUCAGUGUGCAAAGAGACAUUAGAUGCCCUAGAAAGAGUAUCUUUAGUUGAUUUCGAUCACGAAGGAGGAAUUAAAAGGUUGGAAGCUGCGGUGCAAUUUGCUCACCGUUUAAAAGAGGUUAAAAUCGACUCUUCCCUGACACCGAUGCACAGUAUUCUUGAGAAAGAAAAUCUAUUUUUAAGAGAGGACGAGGUGUCUGAUGGUAAUUAUCGUGAAAAGAUUUUAGCGAACGCAGAAAUUCUCGAAGAAGAAUAUUUUGUAGCACCUCCAGGCAAUAUUUUACGCAAAACAUGAAGUUGGAGGCUAUUUUGAAAAAAAUGGGCACGUGUUUCUUGAAUCU